AUGGCGAAACAACAUCUGGAAUCUCUAGCACAAAGCACAGAAGAAACAUCUCGACGGAAUUCACCGACGGUGACCAAAGAAAUCGAAGAAGAAGAAGAUGAAGACGAAGAAGAGGAUGAAGAUUAUGAUCCAACAAAAAAACAAGCAGAUGAAGAAGACCAUAUCAGUGAAGAUGAUGAAUCAGAAACUGAAAGUACACCGAACUUACCUGAUUAUUCUAAAAUUGAAUCAAAUAUAUCUCAAGUUAAAACACGAUCUCAGAAAUUACAUGAAAAAGAAGUUAAAAAAUCAAAAUUUAUUGGAAAGUUUGAAGUUGCAUCUAAUGGUUUAGUUAAGAAUACUAGUUCUAUUGAUAUUGAUUCCAUAUUUAAUGAUUUGAAGGAAAAUAGAACGAUCAUCGAAGAUCAUAUGGAUAUCGAAAAAGACGAUCAAUCCAAUCAAGUAAUUCCCGAUACAAAUUCACUACCGUUACAAUCAUCAAACAAUGAAAAUCCUAUAUCAUCAUCAACAUCAGGUGAAAAACAAAUUCAAAUCCAAAUAAACUACACAUUUGCAGGUAAAUUAGUUACAGAAUCAAAAUUAGUUGACGCAAAUUCAGAAGAAGCAAAAGCAUAUUUAAAUUCAACUAAUGAUAUAACAUCCCAAAAUUCAACAAAUUUUAAAUAUAGAUCUGAAGUUCCAAUUACUAGAAAAGAUCCAAUAACAAAUGAAAAUUUAAAUUUAAGAAUAAAAUUAAAAAGACCGUCAUUAAUUAAUAAAUUUUUAAAAUUAAAUUCAAAUAAAGGUAUGAAAUUAUCAACAUUAGAAAAGUCAAGAUUAGAUUGGGCAAGUUUCUUAGAUAAAGAUUCUUUAAGUUCUGAUUUAAAAAAUUUUAAUCGUAGUGCUGGUUAUUUAAAUAAACAAGAUUUUUUAAAUAGAAUGGAAGCAAGAAAAGAUGAAAUUUAUCAAAAGGCAAAAGAAGAUGAUAAGAGAAGGCAAUUUCAAUUACAAGGUAAAUAG